AUGUCUACGUCUCCGGGUGAUGUUCUGAUCGCCAGCCCUACGGAAGCGGCUGUAAUAUUCCCGUUAUCUGCGCAUUCAGACAUCUCAGGAGAUGCUAAUGCGUCGGAUUCGCCACAGAAGCCCAAAGAGGGGACAGCGUCUGUGGAGGUGAAUAAAGGAGAAGAGCAUCAAGAAACCGAUCGCGGUCCAGAACAUGAUGAGUCUAAGAAGGAUAAUCAACAACAGCCUGAUGUCGAAAACAAUAAUGACAAUGACCUUCCAGAGGAAUCUCAUAAAGCAUUUCUUAAAUUUUUCGAAGGGCUAGAUGAGACUUUCUAUCCCAAAGUGGGGGAUGGCUUCCGUGCAAGUAUGGCUCGCUAUGCGCAAAACUUGGUACAGGAAUAUGAAUCAAAAAUGCCUCUCAAAUGGAGAAUCGGACAAGCGAGAAAGCUUUCUUUCAUAAUCACGGCGUACUUCCGGCUUUUGGAAGACAGGCUCUUUUCGCUAGAGAGCCAGAACCCCGACUCGUCGUCCGAAGGAAGUUCCUCAGACAAGGACAAUGACGAGGGCUCAGAUGACGAUGAUAAGGGGAAUGACACAAUUCCAACGUUGAAUAGAGUAUCAUGGCCAGAAUUUAAAAGAAACUUCGAGGAUAACAAGGAGCCUAGCCAGAAGCACGUCAUCGACGUACUGAUGGAUGAUCCUGUGAUUCCGCUCGAAGUCUGGAACGACCAGCUUACAAGAAGCCAUCCUCAGCAUCUUGUCCAUUUUAGGCGCCGAAUGAGGCCUUUUCCGUUCGGAGAGCAACUCUUUUUCAGCGAGUUCGACGAUCCCGACGCGGCUCAUGCUAAGGCCCGGAUCGAACCGUCUAAAUCCACAACUACAGGCCAACCACCCCAGGAUGCGUAUUCCCCGAUCCCCAACCGAAUCCGCAUCAACGGGAAGCCUUUGAAGCUACUUCUUGAAAAGGCCCUUGAAGUCGAUUUGGCCAGUCCUAUCAUACUUCUAAAACCUUUCAAAGUUCUUGUUAAGUAUGACGGACAGAUCAGAAGCCUCUAUCAACAGCUAGAGAAGAAGUUUUCCCAGGACUGUGCAGAGCCGACGAGUUCAAACAGGCCGGAACCUUCACAAACCACUAGUAGCCGAUACUCAAAUGACGACGGGGAAGCUUGGAAUUCGCUUCUGGAUGAAUAUGGGACAAAACAAGCCUUUAAACAGCUGUCCUGUCUAGUUGAAUUCAUGAACAACGACCUCCUUCCCCUCAGAUCUUUUGAAGACUCUACGGCCACGAAGAUUGCUUUUUCUGAUCUAUGGCAUAUCUUUCAGGCUGGCGUUGCAGUUGUCACAGCCACUACGCCCAUCGAGGCUUACCGAGUCCUGCAUGUUACUGGUGGUCGUCCCUACCUCUCCCCACCAGAGGAUAAGGAAAAUGAAGAAGAAACCACCGGAAUGAAGGUAUAUAAGGUUCCAGCAAAGUCCAGCGAUUUUAUUAUCACAUGCUACCAAGUUGGGUUUGAUGGAGACAAGUUUGGCCCUAUCGCUAAGACCUUCAGCAUUCAAAAGUACAACGGGUUUCAAGAUAUCAGGUUGCUCCCCAUAUACCCAAUGAGCUUUGCUGAAGGUCCAGAAGAGUUGUCAAAGAAGCUUUCUAGAAACGGUAAAACCUUCAUCAAGCUAUCCAAUGUCGGACAUGUUCUAUAUCGCGGGCCUAACUUACACGAAGCCGAGGAGAUUGAUAGCGAAAUUAUCAUUGAUUUCCGCGCCGCCUUAUGGGAUAACCAGGAGGAGGAUAACGGAUGGAAGGAGAAAUAUCAAGUACAGUUUGGCAUACCGACUCUGCCCAGUGCAAACGAGGCCGAGGUGAUCAUGAUUUCGCGAGGUGGCUGCAAAGAUUCCUUCUGCUGCGAAAAUGAUAAAGUUUUCAACGACUUGGACCUAGAUCGCACCUUUUUGGAAGAUUACCUCGCGAAAAACGAGUUUUUGACAACAGAUACUCGUUACCUGACGGAUGACCCCAGCCAUAUCCCUGAAGAUGACUUAAUUCUUCUUCCACGUCAACUCUUCGCAUUUGUCCUCAAGGAUCGAAAAUGGGCCGUUGUGGACAUCAAUAAUAUCACUGAAUUGCCCAAGUCGACGGGCGAGGCAUGGGACUCCCUCGUUCUGCCUGGUGGUCACAAGGAAAUGGUCUAUUCUCUUGUUCAGUCACACUUUCGAAGCAAGGACCUGGGCGUUGCGGAGGCGGAGAUGCAAGCAGAUUUGAUCCGCGGAAAGGGCAAAGGCCUUAUCGUUCUCCUCCAUGGUGCCCCGGGUGUCGGAAAAACCUCAACUGCCGAAUGUGUAGCAGACUUGUGCAAAAAGCCUCUCUAUCCGAUUACUUGUGGUGAUCUCGGUAUUACCGCCGUCGAAGUCGAAACACGAUUGAAGCGAAUUUUCGUCCAAGCACAGAAGUGGGAAUGUGUCCUACUCCUUGAUGAGGCAGAUGUGUUUCUAAGUGAAAGAUCUACUGAUGUCAAGCACAACAGUCUUGUCUCAGUCUUCCUGCGUAUUCUCGAGUACUACAAAGGAAUUCUCUUCCUUACCACAAACCGAGUUGGUCGCAUGGAUGAAGCAUUUCGGUCUCGAGUUCAUGUCAGCCUUUACUACCCGCCCUUGAAUGAGAAAUCCACGCUGGACAUAUUCAAAAUCAACAUUGAGCGAACCGGAAAACGCAUGGGGGAUAAGAUGAAGGUCGAUGACGAUGGCAUCGAAGAAUUCGCGCUUGAUCAUUACCGGGAAAACGACCAGCGCGUUCGUUGGAACGGAAGACAGAUCCGCAACGCCUUUCACAUUGCCGUCGCACUCGCCGAGAAUGAGGCUAUAAACAAAGCCAACAGGACAGGAAAAAAGUACCGUGCUCCGACUCUACGCGCAAAGCACUUUGAUACUGUUGAGAAGGCUUCAAGCGAGUUUGACAACUACCUGAGAUCCGUUUUGGGAAUGGGACAAGCGGACCGAGCGAAACAGCAGUCUUACCGCAGAGACGAUUGGAGCCAGGAAGAGUCUUACAAUCGAGGCAAAACCGAUGAGCCAAAGGUAAAGCGAUCUACCAAGAAAAGAAGAAAAUACGUCACCUCUGAGUCAUCAGAUGACUCGAGCAGCGAAGGAAAAAUUCCCAAACACGAUAGCCAGCAAAGCUCAUCAGAAGAAUUAGAGUCUGAACGAGAGGCUACUACUAAGAAAAAGCAGAAGAGUAAUAAGAAAAAGAGUAGUAGUAAGUAA